AUGGAGCUGCGAGGUGCCCAGGGAGGCCCCAGACCUGGGCUCUGCACGCGCUCGCCUCUGCCCUCCCAGCUCCAGCGGCCAAGCGGGGCCCUCCUGGCCCUCCUCUGGGUGGCGAGGCCAUCGGUCGGCAUCACCAGCAAUAUGGGAGCCCCCCUCCCCUCCCCGCAGCAGACACACACACACAGCCACCCCCGCUUCAUCCGCUUCCAGGAGGGCUUGCGCAUCAACUCCCCCAAACAGGGCUCUCCCGAGGCAGCCCCUUUGUGUCGAGAUUCAGAGACCACCCCUCCCCACCCCAGUCCUCAUCAGCACCUUCCCUGA